AUGGCGACAAACUUCACGUCAAUGGCCGGUGACCUGCCUCCGCUGCCGGCCUACACCCUCAAGCCCUACGCCGACAUGAUCCCGGGACUGCCGGAUGUCUACCUGCGCAUCUUCCUGCCCAUCGUCGUGUACUGGGUUCUGUCCCUGUUCUUCCACGUGAUCGAUGUUUACGACAUAUGGCCGCAGUACCGCCUGCACACCCCCGAGGAGAUCACCAAGCGCAACCACGUCUCCCGCUACGAGGUCGCCCGCGAUGUCGUCUUGCAGCAGCUGAUACAGAUCUCAAUGUCCGUUUUCCUCGAGUACAUCGACGAGGAACAGCUCACCGGCCGGGAGGACUAUGACGUCGCUGUCUGGGCCACCCGCGUCCGCAUCGCCCAGCGCGCCCUGCCCACCUUCCUCGGCCUGCUCGGCCUCAACGCCGCCUCCAUCUCCAAGAAUAUGUCCGCCUCACACCCCUUCAUCGCCGGCGCUCUCGCCGGCGGUCACUACCCCUUCCUUACCACCGAGCUCGACGGCUCCCACACCGUUGUUCCGGCCUUCGCCUCCUGGGAGCUGCUUGUCGCAAAAGCCAUCUACUGGCUCGUCAUCCCCGGGCUCCAGCUUUUCGCCGCCAUCUCGAUCCUGGACACAUGGCAGUACUUCCUCCACCGCCUCAUGCACGUCAACAAGUGGAUGUACACAACCUUCCACUCGAGACACCACCGCCUGUACGUCCCCUACGCUUUUGGCGCCCUUUACAACCACCCUUUCGAGGGCUUCCUCCUCGACACCCUCGGUGCUGGCAUCAGCUUCCUGAUCACCGGCAUGAGCGGUAGGCAAGGACUGUUGUUCUUCUGCCUAUCAACCGUCAAGACCGUCGACGACCACUGCGGCUAUUCUUUGCCUUGGGAUCCCCUUCAGCACAUCACGAGCAACAACGCCGCCUACCACGACAUCCACCAUCAGACGUGGGGCAUCAAGACCAACUUCUCCCAGCCUUUCUUUAUCUUCUGGGACCGCGCCCUCGACACGCGGUACAAAGGCGACAGGCAAAACCGCAUCCUGGCGGCCAAGGGCAAGGUGGCCGCAGUGGGAGCCAAAUCUGAAUGA